AAGAUGAUGAGCAUUUUUUUAGUAAUUAUCCUUUGGGCGUCCUAACCUCGUUUGUGGCGAGUGGGAUGGGGGUUUAGGAUAACGAAGCUUAGCCACUGACAUCAAGGUCUCUGUGUGUAUAUAUAAAUUAUUAUUAUAUAUUCCACCAUAACUUCUAUUUAAAAAAACCAGUCUUCAUACUGUAAUCCAUACAACAGCAAAUUAAAGAGAAGAAAUUAAAGUGCAGUAAGAGAAAGGUGUGAUAAUGGAUGCGUACGAUGUAGCAGACGGCGUAGACAUUAGGGGGAGGUUCGAUCCCGAAUUCGCCGAAAUCCUGAGCAGAGAUGCUCUGCAGUUUGUGGCUGAUCUUCACAGAGAGUUCCGAAGCCAUGUUAAGUACGCCAUGAGCUGCAGAAACUCCGACAAGGCGCGCUACAACGGCGGCGCCCUCCCCGGUUUCGAUCCCGCCACUAGAUCCAUCAGGGAAGGAGACUGGCGCUGCGCUCCGGUUCCGCCGGCUGUGGCGGACCGGAAGGUGGAGAUCACCGGGCCCGUUGAAAGGAAAAUGAUCAUCAAUGCUCUCAAUUCUGGCGCCAAAGUUUUCAUGGCUGAUUUUGAAGAUGCACUUUCACCAACCUGGGAGAAUUUGAUAAGAGGGCAAGUUAAUUUGAGGGACGCCAUUAAUGGAACCAUAACUUUCCAUGACCAAGCCAGAAACAGGGUGUACAAGCUGAAUGAUGAGAUUGCAAAGCUCUUUGUCCGCCCGAGGGGAUGGCACUUACUGGAAUCGCACAUCAUCAUCGACGGCGAGCCAGCUAUCGGCUGCCUCGUGGAUUUUGGCCUCUAUUUCUUCCACAACUUCUCCAACUUCCGCAACAACCAUGGCCAGGGUUAUGGCCCUUUCUUCUACCUCCCCAAGAUGGAGCACUCUAGGGAGGCAAGAAUAUGGAACAAUGUGUUUGAGAGGGCAGAGAAAUGGAGUGGGGUGGAGAAAGGAAGCAUCAGGGCCACUGUCCUCAUCGAAACCCUUCCGGCGGCGUUUCAGAUGGAUGAGAUAUUGUACGAGCUGAGAGAUCACUCCCUCGGCCUCAAUUGCGGAAGAUGGGAUUACAUUUUCAGCUAUGUCAAGACCUUCCAGGCUCACCCGGACCGCCUUCUCCCCGACCGGGUUCAAGUCGGCAUGACCCAACACUUCAUGACCAGCUACUCCCACUUGCUCAUCCACACUUGCCAUAGGCGCGGGGUCCAUGCUAUGGGAGGCAUGGCCGCUCAAAUCCCUAUCCGGGAUGAUCCCGUAGCAAAUGAGGCAGCUUUAGAGCUGGUAAAGAAGGAUAAACAGAGGGAGGUGAAAGCCGGGCACGACGGAACAUGGGCAGCGCAUCCAGGGCUUAUCCCGGCCUGCAUGCAAGUCUUCACCGAUCACAUGGGAAGCAACGCGCCGAACCAAAUCGACACAGCCAAGCGCGAAGACGCCGCCUCCAUCACGGAGGAGGACCUCCUGCAGAUUCCACGCGGCGUCCGGACCAUGGAGGGCCUAAGGUUGAACACAAGAGUGGGGAUUCAGUACCUAGCGGCGUGGCUGGCCGGGACGGGAUCGGUCCCGCUUUACAACCUGAUGGAGGAUGCCGCCACGGCGGAGAUCAGCCGCGUCCAGAACUGGCAGUGGUUGAGAUACGCGGCGGAGCUUAACGGAGACGGGGUCGGGGUGAAGGUGACCAAGGAAGUGUUUGGGAGAGUGGUGGAGGAGGAGAUGGGGAGGAUUGAGAGGGAAGUUGGAAAGGAGAAGUUUAGUAAAGGAAAGUACAAGGAAGCAAGCAAGAUGUUCACCAAGCAAUGCACAGCUUCCACUUUGGAUGAUUUUCUAACUUUGGAUGCUUACAAUCAUAUUGUUAUCCAUCAUCCCAGCACUAAAGGACCUUCCAAGCUUUGAGUGGUCACCUUGUCCAUGAGAAUAAGGAACUACUCCAUAUAACUUACUCAUGUUGUUAAUUUAUAUAUAUAUCCUUCCAUUGGAUCACAAAAAUAAAGAUAAUAUUAUUAUACGGAGCAUAUGAUUUUGCAUUAUCUUACAAACAGAGAGGCAUUUAGUUCACUUGCAUAUAUAGUUAAUUUGAAUGUCACCAGUAAGCC